GCAGAGGCACACCGGGCUGGACUCCGGGCAGAGGCACACCGGGCUGGACUCCGGGCAGAGGCACACCGGGGCAGAGGCACAUCGGGCGACAGGCACCGGGCCCCGGGCGGGGCGACAGGCACCGGGACCCCCCGGGCGGGGCGACAGGCACCGGGCCCCCGGGGCGGGGCGACAGGCACCGGGCCCCCCUGGCCGGGGCGACAGGCCUCGGGCCCCCUGGCGGGGCGACGGGCCUCGGGCCCCUGGCGGGGCGACGGGCCUCGGGCCCCCAGCGGGGCGGCGGCGGGCGCCCGGACCCCCAGGGGGAACUACAUGUCUCGGGCCCUCAGGCGGAGCGGCGGGCGCCGAACCCCCAGAUGGAGUGACAGGUCUCGGGCCCUCAGGCGGAGCGGCGGGCGCCGGACCCCCAGAUGGAGCGACAGGUCUCCGGGCCCUCAGCGCGGAGCGGCGGGCGCCGGACCCCCAGAUGGAGUGACAGGUCUCGGGCCCUCAGGCGGAGCGGCGGGCGCCGGACCCCCAGAUGGAGCGACAGGUCUCGGGCCCUCAGGCGGAGCGGCGGGCGCCGGACCCCCAGGCGGGGCGACAGGCAUCGGGCCCCCAGGCGGGGCGACAGGCCUCGGGCCCCCAGGCGGGGCGACAGGCCUCGGGCCCCCAGGCGGGGCGACAGGCCUCGGGCCC